GUACCUGUCAAAUUCGGGUACCCGCUUCCCCCCCUCCGCUCCCCAAAGGUCUGCAGUCUCUGGUCAUCUCCUGUGCUAUGUCCGCAAUCUCUGGUCAUCUCCUGUACUAUGUCUGCAGUCUCUGGUCAUCUCCUGUACUAUGUCCGCAGUAUCUGGUCAUCUAUUGUACUAUGUCCGCAGUCUCUGUUCAUCUCCUGUACUAUGUCCGCAGUCUCUGGUCAUCUACUGUACUAUGUCCACAGUCUCUGGUCAUCUACUGUACUAUGUCCGCAGUCUCUGGUCAUCUCCUGUACUAUGUCCGCAGUCUCUGAUCAUCUCCUGUACUAUGUCCGCAGUCUCUGGUUAUCUCCUGUAGUAUGUCUGCAGUCUCUGGUCAUCUCCUGUAUUAUCUCCGCAGUCUCUGUUCAUCUCCUGUACUAUGUCCGCAGUCUCUGGUUAUCUCCUUUAGUAUGUCUGCAGUCUCUGGUUGUCUCCUGUACUAUAUCCGCAGUCUCUGGUCAUCUCCUGUACUAUGUCCGCAGUCUCUGGUCAUCUCCUGUACUAUAUCCGCAG